GAUAAGAUAUUUGUAUUUAGCCGAUAUAGACGGCGCUCUGAGUGUCUGCAGCAGCUUCUUCACACAAAUCCGGUUGAUAAUAUUUCCUUUCAACUUAAAGAUUACUACAAGCUUCCUUUCUUUCUCUGUCAAUGCCUCAAACCCUAUUUCUCAAACCCUUCCUUUCUUCAAUUCCACUUAAUAACUGCAGUAAAUCAAACGUGAAUGCAAAUUAUGGGAAAUUCAGUGUUGAGAUACGGGGAAGAGUUGCGGUUAUUUGUAUGGGAAUGUUGGCACCGAGGAAGUUCACGCAGAAGCGGAAGAAACCGGAGGUUUUCCGGGAUGCAGCAGACGAAGCGUAUCAGAAAAAUUGGAGGAGACUGAUGACCGAAAUUGUAGAGACAGGUUCUGCGGUUUCGGUGCUCAAACGUGAGAGGGCUACAAAGCAGGCCAUUUCUAGAGACAUGGUGCUCGGGACCUUGGUCAGAUUAAAGCAGCUAAAGAAAUGGAACCUUGUUAGAGAGAUCCUUGAAUGGCUCAAGUCUCAGAGCUGGUGGGAUUUCAGUGAAAUGGAUUUCCUCAUGCUUAUUACGGCUUAUGGAAAGCAAGGGGACUUCAACCGAGCUGAGAAAAUUUUUAGUUUGAUGAGUAAGAAGGGCUAUGCACCAAGUGUGAUAACUCACACUGCUCUUAUGGAAGCAUAUGGAAGGGGGGGCCGAUACAAUAAUGCAGAAGCGAUAUUUCGAAGGAUGCAGUCUUCUGGCCCUGAACCUUCAGCUUUGACAUAUCAAAUAAUACUUAAGAUAUUCGUGGAGGGUCAUAAGUUCAAGGAGGCUGAAGAAAUAUUUGAGACCCUUUUGAGUGAGGAAAAAUCACCUCUGAAGCCAGACCAAAAGAUCUUUCACAUGAUGAUCUAUAUGUAUAAGAAGGCUGGGAGUUAUGAAAAAGCUCGAAAAGUAUUUGCACUGAUGACAGAGAGAGGAGUUCCACAAUCAACAGUUACAUAUAAUAGCUUAAUGUCAUUUGAGACUAACUACAAGGAAGUUUCAAAGAUCUAUGACCAGAUGCAAAGAGCUGGCCUUCAACCUGAUGUUGUCAGCUAUGCCCUACUUAUUAAUGCUUAUGGAAAAGCAAGAAGGGAGGAUGAAGCACUAGCGGUUUUUGAGGAGAUGCUUGAUGCUGGUGUCAGGCCAACCCACAAGGCUUAUAACAUCAUGCUUGAUGCAUUUGCUAUCUCUGGGAUGGUGGAGCAAGCUCGCAUCUUGUUUAAAAGUAUGAAAAGAGACAGGUUUACCCCAGAUCUUUGCUCUUAUACAACUAUGUUAUCAGCUUAUGUCAAUGCUUCUGACAUGGAGGGUGCUGAAAAUUUCUUCAGAAGGCUAAAACAAGAUGGAUUUGAACCUAAUGUUGUGACAUAUGGGGCACUGAUCAAGGGGUAUGCAAAGAUUAAUAAUCUUGAGAAAAUGAUGGACAUAUAUGAGGAAAUGCAGUCACGUGGUCUGAAAGCAAAUCAAACCGUCUUGACCACAAUCAUGGAUGCGUAUGGAAAGAACGGGGGUUUUGGUGAUGCUGUUGUUUGGUAUAAGGAAAUGGAGUCUUGUGGAUUUCCUCCUGAUCAGAAAGCAAAAAAUAUUCUUCUAUCCUUGGCUAAAACAGCAGAAGAACUAGAGCAAGCGAAGCAACUUGCAGGAAAUUUGGAUCAAUCUAGCAAUGAAAAAACUGGAAACAGGGUUUCCAUGUUUGUUGGUGAGUAUUAUGAUGAUGAUGACAAUGACGAUGAGGAUGGAUAUGAAUGAUGAUUGACAAGAGGCCAUUCUUGUGAUGAUGGACAAGAUCAACUGAUACUUUCCAGCGUUGAUCAUAGAAAAAACUCACAUGACCUACAUACUUGUAAGUUCUUUGGAUUUGUGAAUUCGAUAUCUUUCUAUUUCACAUUAUAACCCAGCCUUGAAAUUUAUUGGAUUGAUUUCAUGAGUUGAGAAUGGCAAUGUGGGAAUGUAUUACUUAUAAAAAGAAAUGCGGGAAUGUAAUACUUUCAUCGUACUUUGAUGUAUAUUAAGGAGUCCAUUCUGUCCUUCAUGGAACGAGUACUUUUUGAUGUUGGACUGGGAUAUCUUUGAAAGUUCUCUGCUUAUUUUUCCUGGAUGCUGUUAA